ACUCGCGAGCAGCGCGCGCAAGAAGUAGAUCGAGUCGGGUACGGCGAGGCGUGCCUAUAAAGUUGUCUCGCAUUAUCCGGUCGCGAGCCGCGAGCUCCGUCUGGCCGGGCUCUCCCCUCCUCUCUGUUUGCCGCGGCGUUUUUCCUUGCCCGGGCGGACCCGAGGGAAUCGAGUGCUCUCGUCCCCGAUCCGUUAACGAAAAUCGCACGACGAGGCGCUCGCGCGGCCGGCAAGGUCCACCUCGGCGAGAAGCGCCGCUGGCCGCAUCGCUCGGAGGGAACACCGAGAGACGCGCUGGAAUUUCGAGUGCGCGACGCGAGCGAGCUCGAAAUUUCGUAUUCGCACAUUAUCUCGAACGCGGGCGGCGAGGCGAUACUACGGGAGAAGGCUGAGAGAUUGGGUUACUGGAGCAACCGAGCGAUAAGGCGUCGCCGCCGAAACGGCAAAACGAUAUCUCGCUGCCGAAAUUCCAGCGUCGAAAGUAACGGGCGAGUGCUACCGCGCGACGCGCGCGCCUCGGCGAGCAGCUCGUGGACGGGAAAAAACGCGCCCACGGUGCAGGGAGGACGGUGGACGCAGGUGGCCGAAGAGCAUCAAGGAAGUCAGCAAAGCGCAACGCGCGCUACGGCUCGCGAGCCUCUCUCUCUCUCUCGCGCGCGCGCGCGCGCGCGCUCACGGAGAGCAGCGCCGCUUAUACACACCUAUAUGAGAUUCGCUGGGGCUAUAGCGCGGCUCAGUCCGUUCGCGGAGUGCCUCGAGUUCGCGCGUCCCUUCCGACAGGCCACACAGUGCGAGGCACCUCGCGCGUCGUUCUCCCUCGCAAGCGAAGCAACGAAAGAGGAGAAAAAUGGCGAGCUUCCGGACGACGCUGGGCAUCCAGGAGGUGACGGACAAGAAGUCGAACCUGGCGAGGGCUCUGCUGGCCGAGUUCCUGGGCACGCUGUUUCUCAAUUUCUUCGGCUGCGGCGCAGUGAUGAACGGCGGCGACCAGACGCUCACCAUUAGCGUGUCCUUCGGGCUGGCCGUCGCGGCGGCCGUGCAGUUCAUGGGCCACGUGUCCGGCGGCCACGUCAACCCGGCCGUCACGUGCGGGAUGCUCGCCAUUGGCAAGAUUCCGGUGAUACGAGCGAUCCUGUACGUGGUCGCGCAGUCGGCGGGCGCGAUAGCCGGCUCGGCGAUCUUGCGCGCCGUCACGGCGUCGGGCAAGCAAGCGCUCCUCGGCGCCGUCAAGCUGAACAACGACACCGAGCCCGUGCAAGGCUUCGUCGUCGAGCUGAUCAUGGCGCUGAUCCUCGUGCUGGUCGUCUGCGGCGCUACCGAUCCCGGCAAGCCCGAGAGCAAGCCACUCGCGCCGCUCAUCAUCGGACUCACCGUCACCAUGUGCCACAUCAUCGGCAUCCCACGAACGUCCACGGGCAUGAACCCCGCUCGAGCUUUGGGCGCAGCGGUCAUCGAAGGCGUAUUCGACGACCAUUGGCUGUACUGGGUCGGUCCGAUACUCGGCGGUGUCGCUGGCGCUCUCAUCUACACCCACGCCAUCGGACCUGCCAAAGAAACCGAAUCGUCGAGAUCUUACGCCACAGUUGCUACCGAAGAGAAGGAGAUACAUUAACGGGCGAACCUCUCUAGCGGUUAGCGUGCAAAAUAAAAGUGUCGAACGUUUCGAGUACAUAGACAGUGGACGGGGCGGCCUGUAGAAUGAGAGAAAAAAACCCACACACACGAACACACAGUGGAAUGAUUCGCGUCCGUUAUUUUGCAGCUCCACCGGCUUACCAGGAAGGGAGUGCAGUCUGCCUGAAACUCCUCCUACUUCUCUUAUUUCUCCUUCAUCAUCGUCAUCACCAUUGUGCUCGAGGCGACGACGACGUCUUUGCAUUCUUGACUACGAUACGCACACAUGUAAUCGCAUCGCUCCUCCCUUCAUUCCUUCCCGUUUUGUACGCAAAACGUUUGAUUUUCACACGUGGCGCUUGACUCAACCUGGCGUACGUGUGAUUUCAAACGGGACCGAUAGUUUCCUUUGAAAAGCUUGCCUACAUAUGUACGUCUACGAUUAUUUUUUAUAUCUUAGUUUCUUUUUACUAAUGUAUUACGUGUAAAUGUAUUGUCACUUUGCAUCGCGUUUUGAACGCGUCAACCUACUACGAAGAAAAAAUUAUAUUUUCAAGUAUUUUUCCACAGCCAAGAGUAGAAAAUAGAUCCAUCGCUGAACGAACAUUCAAAAAUAUGUAAAAUAUGGUAAAAAUAUUUUGUAAUAUUUAUACCGCAUUGACCCACCAGUAGAUUAGUUACUAAUUUACAGAAUAGCUUAGAUACUUAUUUAUUAUGUAUGAUUAUGCUCAGAAAAAUCACGCGCUUUCGGAGAGUUGUGUCUCAAUAUAAAGUAAAUUGUAUUCUUCGUGAUUAUUUCAUUAAAUUAUAACAAUUGCAUUACGUAAUAAAU